ACGGACUGGCAAUACCGUAUUAAAUACCUUAUUAAAUACCUUUAAAUACCCUGGGGGUUGGUAAAGAGAGGACGGAGGCUGGCGCCCUUCGCCGCCCGCAGCGGCAGGUAGAACAGGCAUGGGCAGGGGUGUGGAGUGCAGCAUGGGGCAGAAUAGGACACCCAAAGACAGACGGGCUAAUAACAAACCAGCCCCGACUUCCCGAGCGAAAACACAGGUCCGAAGAUCUCCAGCACUGUUUUGGAUCUCUGUUAUUCCAUAUUCAACAGCAUGCAUAAAAAUGAGGAAUCACAGAUUGCUUCUGCAAAGUUUACAAAGAAGGACAGUCAUGGAACUCUGGGGCGGCCUUUCUUCCUUUUCAGGCCUCGAAAUGGAAGAACUAUUGAAGGCAGUGAAUAUCGUGGAAUGUGAAGUUCAUGGAUUCAUUUACCAGCUCGAUGACUUGGUUACAUAAAGGAAAGAGACUUCCCAUUGCACUGGUUGUCUAUUAUGUGACUCAGUUGUCUGAAAUUUGCUGUUCCAUGUAAUAAAU